CGGCGGAAAACGCAUGAUGAAAUUCGGCAGACCGAUGUCACGACUGCUCGGCCUCGCGCGUAACGUCGUCGUCGUUACGCGUGCCAUGAGUUAUUCAUUAUCGCGUGCGCGUCGAGCACGUGAUUCCCGCUAUCGCUAUCGUCGACGUAUAAUCGAUAUCUUGCAUGUAUUAUGCAAAUACUCGACGAGGGGGCCUCUUUUGAAUGGAACCUUUCUUAGAAGCCUGUUAGGCCAUUCGACACACACUUUAUUUUAUGACUCUACCCAGCAAACACAAAGUAACAGCGUCCACUUUAGCUUCCUCGACUUCACGGACGAAGAUGAUCUCCAGGUGACCCCAGUGGAUCCACUUUUUCAACCGCAAGCGGGUAUCGCCAAUGGUAUCGAAGUCUUCAAUUCCGGUAAAUCAGUGCUGUUCGCCGUCAACCAUGACACGGCAUUGGAUCGCAAGACGAAGAUGAUCUUGAAGAUCACCGUGAAGAAACGGAUGCCGGACUGUAUCAAACCCGAUGUUCUGGUAGGCACUAGCGAGCUCAACCUAUCUCACGAGUACGCAGCGCUAAGGAUAGAGACGCUGCAGUACUGGAAGAAGGGUAUCACGAUAUCCAAAGUAUUCGAUAAUAACCUGGUGUUGCUACAUAACGGAAGAGCAUCAGCCAACAUAGACGUGUACGUGAAGAUAUCCGGCUAUGGGCAAACGAUCGUCACGGAGUUUGAUGCGCCGAUGAUGAGGGAUCCAUCGACGUUCAUUUUCGGCGCCGGGGAGAUCGACCGGACUUUGUCGUACAAGUGUCGCAAAGUGGACCCCUACACCGUCGAUCUCACCAAGGAUUCCAGCAAGGAUCUUCGAGAUCCAAAGACUUGUUCCAUAUGCAUACCGGAGCGGCAGCUUUGUAUACCAUGUGAAAAACUAGGAGCCGUUCAAGAGAGAGAUGAGAAAACGUACAGACGGGAGGAUAAGAGAAAGUUAAGGGAUACGCCGUCAAAGGACCAGAUUCGAUGCAGAUCAGGUGAACGCCAUUCGUCUGAGCUAUGUGGGAAGCCAGUGGUUCUCAAGGUGUCUGGCCUCUUCGACAACGGCGACAAUGGGAAGAAGCCUACUGUGACGGUCACUGAUGAGGCCGCCGCGAGGAAUCUGGGUGAUCCAACUGAUCCCGAUUACGAUAUCUUCGUCCUGAGAAUUGGCAAGAAGGGUCUUGUCGGUGCUGACGAGAAGUCUGACAUACAAUUGGAGAUGAAGACGCCGAAGGGGCCCGAAAGAAGACCGCCGAUCAGAUACGAGACACGGGAUAUGCAGACGGAGCUCGACAAAGUAGAGCCACCGAAAGAAAAGAAAAAGAAGAAGAAAAAAAAUGAUCAUAGACGCAUUGCGCUUAAGAUGGAAAGUUGAUGAAAAUUGAUAUAUUUUUGAAAACAUUAUUUCAUGAUGAUGGUUUACUAUUGUCUAUUUUGCAUUCUGAAAUCGCUAUUUGUAAUAAAUAAACAUGUACCCUUUAUUUAAUG